AGGCAUCGCGCUUGGUGCUGUGAAGUGGAAGUGAGUUAAGGAAGGCCUGUAGUCCCAGCCCCCCAGGGCUUCUCCAUCUAACUGGAGACGAGGUACAGGGCUCGGAUACAAGCCAGACUUCAAUGAGCGUCCAAGGGAAAGGGGAUCAGUUCGGAGGCCAGAAGAGAUCUGGGAGGGUGGUGGCUUGUGCCAGAGUCCGGCCCCGAGGGUUAGCAAGGCCUGAUAGAAGGCUGGCGGGGCGGCGGGCAGGUGCAGCGGGAUCUCGAGCUGGAACGCUCCAGCUAGAGUCGGGGACGCGGCGCGCGCAACCUGGCCCCGCCCCCGGCGGCGGCUCUGUGCGCUGAUUGGCCCGCGCCGGCCUCGCUCGCGGUUGGCGGGAGGUCUCUGAGCGGGUAGUGCCGCUGCGGAGCGAGUGGCGAGCAACCGCCUGAGGCCUCGAAGCGUGCCGUGGGAGGCUGUCCGACGCCCAGGCCCCAGGUUUUGGCAGAUUGUAAGGCUGCUCUUACUUCGGGGGGGAAAAAAAAAAAAAGAUGCAGAUGAGACCUCCAGCUGUCUCCCAGACGAGCAGGGAAGUUUCUGAGGGUCAGGAAGGAGAAUCUGUACCUAACUCCUUGAACACCAAGGGAGGCAUGGCUGCCUGGGUCACUGAAUCUUGGGAAACCAAAAUGAGACAUAAUCAGCUGUGUUGUGAGACACCGCCUACUGUCACUGUUCAUGUAAAAUCAGGGUCAAAUAGAUCACAUCAGCCUAAAAAACCCAUUAAUCUGAAGCGUCCUAUUUUUAAAGAUAGUUGGCCAGCAUCUGAAAAAAAUGCACAUAAUAGCAACAAGUCUAAACGCCCCAAAGGACCCUGUCUAGUUAUACAGCGACAGGAAAUGACUGCUUUCUUUAAAUUAUUUGAUGACGAUUUAAUUCAAGAUUUCUUGUGGAUGGACUGCUGCUGUAAAAUUGCAGACAAGUAUCUUUUGGCUAUGACCUUUGUUUAUUUCAAGAGAGCUAAAUUUACCAUAAAUGAGCAUACCAGGAUAAAUUUCUUUAUUGCUCUGUAUCUGGCUAAUACAGUUGAAGAAGAUGAAGAAGAAUCCAAAUAUGAAAUUUUUCCAUGGGCUUUAGGGAAAAACUGGAGAAAAUUGUUCCCUAAUUUCUUAAAAUUAAGGGACCAACUCUGGGAUAGAAUUGACUAUAGGGCUAUUGUAAGCAGGCGAUGCUGUGAGGAGGUUAUGGCUAUUGCCCCAACUCAUUAUAUAUGGCAGCGGGAACGCUCUGUGCAUCACAGUGGAGCUGUUAGAAACUACAACAGAGAUGAAGUUCAACUGCCCCGAGGACCUAGUGCCACCCCAGUAGAUUGUUCACUCUGUGGUAAAAAAGGAAGAUAUGUUAGACUGGGAUUGUCUUCAUCAUCUUCAUCCAGUGAUACAGUAGAGGUGAUGGAGAAACAUUCUCAGGAAUCACACAAGUCAAUGGACAUAGUAGUCAAUCCUUCUCAAGCUUAUAGCUAUUCUCAAGCCAACGACCAUCAAUCAGACAAAGAAAAGAAAACUAAUUUUAUGAAGAAAGACAAAUCUAUGGAGUGGUUUACAGGAAGUGAAGAAUGAAAUGGCUCAACUAAACCAACUUGGAAUCAUUAACUACAAAAUGUCAAACUACAAGACAAGUGUCAAAAUGGGACAUUUAAAUUGUUUUGAAAUGUUACACAUCUUCCUUCAGCUUUUGUUAUUUUUUGAAAUUAUAUGUAAAAGUUAUACAAAUCAUAUAGCAAAAAAUUUCAAUCUAUGAAAGUAGUGUUUUGCAAUAUAAAGUUCUAUUUUGAUACCUUU